AAACAACAACGCGCACCUACGUGUCCUACCGUAUUUCCUGUAUCGGGCUUGACCACUCUUUCGUUCGCAUCUAGAUAUUAUUACAAACCGGUUGCCAUACAUACCGUGUGACCGCAUGUACGACAUAAAGUGCGAUGUAAAAAACAAAUCCUGGGAGAUUCUGGAGAAAAAAAAUCAGAUCGAUACGAUGCAUCUCCGAAAAAUCAUCAAAGCAUCGAAAGAAUACCUUAAAUAAAUAAUUGCAAAAACAUGAGGCGUGUGAAACCGAUUCAAAUUUCGAAAAGCAAGUUUUCGAGUUCCAAAGGCAUUUCUAUAUAGAUAUUUGGAUAAGGGAUUCAAUGAGUGAGCAAAAUAAGGUUGUUUGCGGUCCGCAAAUUUAAUCGCUAUUCCAGGAUCGUUAAAAGCAACGAACGAUAAUCCCGAUAACGAAAUAACGUCGGCCUGAACUGGUCGCUCGUCUGUCUCGGCGUAGAUAGGGUUUCGGUUUACAGUUACCGUGAGGUUCGUGUCACGAAUGGUGACUGUAACGAAGAGGGCAUUUUUCUGAAGAAGGAGAGAAAGCCCUCGGUGAAUAAUCUAUCGAUUCGUUAGCAGUGUCGAAUUACGGAGCUCGAUCGUUGCACACGACAUUUGCGCAUACGACGCAUCUCUCAAAUCAUAUCGUCACAUACGUAAUCUCGGGUGUUAAUUAUCUCCGCGACAAUCACGAUGAUGUUGCAUUUCGAAAAUUAGCAGCAAUAUUUGCCGAAGAUCAUUGCAUCGACGAUGCGCAACAAUCUGCAUUGUAUCCAGAAAAUCUGUACAUCACCGACUUUUGCGAUCGAUAAAUUUUGAUGAGUUUCCGCCUCUGCUAUUUACAUUCAUGAUUUUCGCGCAUGAUAUUCAAUUGCAAAGAAAGUUACAAAAAGCAGCGGGCGGACCAAGCGCAUCGAGUGGUGGUAGAGCGUUACGCGCGUGCUGCGAGAAUCGCGCAUUUUUAGCGCCAAUCUCGACGAGGCACCUCGUCACGCCUUGUCGUCGGUUUCUCAUUCUUCGGGCAGCGGUCGAACUGCACUCCGGGCGAAUACUUUCGCUAUUACGCUCUUAUCUGCGAUAUCACGUAAUCCGCGAUUGCGUUUCGAGGUCGCUUCUGCUACCACCGCGAGAGAACAGCGCGAGAGAAACUUGUUCGAAAGAAAGAAAACCUGGUGUUACAUCAUAUUCUACGUCGGACAGUGUCAAAUAGUGUGAAAAUGCUGUCGACGUCCGGAUUCGACGUGCCGCCGCGACAAGAUCGUGCAAAAGGCACGAUGCUUUCUUGGCAAAAUUUGUCCGUUUACGCGAUGGACCGGAACCGGCGCACCAUAAGCAAGCAGCUCAUCAAUAAUAUGCGAGGUGUGGUGCGACCUGGCGAACUCACCGCAAUCCUAGGAGGCAGCGGCGCUGGGAAAAGCUCGCUGAUGACGGCAUUGGCAUUGCGCACAGGAUCCGGCGUUGUAGUGCACGGCGAUGUUCGCGUCAACGGCGUGUCGAUCACUUCCUCAUACAUGAGACGUCACAGCGGUUUCAUGCACCAGGACGACAUGUUCAUUGAGACGAUGACGGUGCGCGAACAUAUUUGGUUUAUGGCGAGAAUGAAAUUAGACGGACGAAUCCGCACCUCCGAUGUUCGGCUCAAGAUCGAUCGCUUGCUGAGGGAGAUCGGUUUAAUCGAGAGACGCGACACUCGCAUCGGCGGCACCGACGACAACAAGGUCCUGUCGGGCGGAGAAAAGAAGAGGCUAGCCUUCGCCACCGAGCUAUUGACGGAUCCUGAAAUACUGUUCCUGGACGAGCCGACGACAGGACAAGACGCUCACUCCGCCGGAGUCCUCGUAUCGCACAUGACGUCUUUCGCGUCGAGAAGUCGCACGAUCUUGUGCACCAUACAUCAGCCAAGUUCCACCAUCUUCGAUAGCUUCCAUCGUAUAAUCCUUCUGGCAGGCGGUAGAAUAGCGUUCGCUGGCACCAGCACGCAAGCACGACGAUUUUUCUCCAGCCAAGGCUACGAAUGUCCACGCAAUUAUAAUCCGGCUGAUUUCUUCGUGACGACUCUAGCGAUCGCGCCCGGCGAUGCGGACGGAAGCGGAAGAAGCGCGCAGAAGAUCUGCGAUGCGUUCCUCACGAGCGAGGCGUGCAACGAGAUCGAUGUUAUAUUGCAACAGGAGCUCGACACCGCUCGUCUGCAGGGCGCCUCAGAAGGGAAUGAAUCACCAGUCUUCAAGGAACCGCACUGGUGGCUGCGGUUAUACUGGCUUAUCCAUCGCGGAUUCUUGCAAGUUCUGCGAGAUCCUACCGUGCAAUUUAUCAGGAUAUUGCAGAAAGUGAGCGUCGCUACAGCCGCCGGCUUGUGUUUCGUCGGUGCCGUGAAUUUGGAUCAAUUGGGCAUUCAGGCCGUCGAGGGUGUUAUAUAUCUUCUGGUGUGCGAGAACACCUUCUUCCCGAUGUACGCGACCUUAGCGUUGAUCCCGCAAGAGCUGCCGCUGCUUCUUCGGGAAUAUAAAGCGGGCAUGUACUCGGUUCAUCUUUACUACACAGCGCGCAUGAUAUCGCUGAUACCUGGUCUGCUGAUGGAGCCGGUGCUAUUCACCGUUAUAAUAUAUUGGCUGGCGGGAUUGCGCCCGGCAAUUGACGCUCUCGGCUUCACCAUGUUGAUAGUAAUAUUAACGAUGAACGUAUCCACCGCUUGCGGCUGUUUCUUCUCAGCCGUUUACGAGAACGUGCCGCUAGCGAUGGCCUACUUGGUACCUUUCGAUUAUAUUCUCAUGAUAACUAUGGGACCUUUCAUUAAACUCAGCACAUUGCCUAUAUACGUCCAAUGGGUAAGAUACUUCUCUUGGCUGCUACACUCGACGGAAACUCUUACGAUUAUUCAAUGGAGAGGCGUGCAUAACAUAUCCUGCGAAACGACCGAGUCGGAGCUACCUUGUCUUAUCGAAGGCACUCAAGUUUUGGACCGUUACGACUUUGACGAGCGCAAUUUUUGGCCCGACAUCGUCCUUAUGGCCGUCAUAUACGUCGUUUUCCAUUUCUUGGCGUACAUUUUUUUGUGGAAGCGAUGCAAAUCGAAAUAAACGGAUUUUAACUACGA